AUGCGGCUUAUAACUACUCGAGCCGUAUUGGCGGCAACUGUCACUCUGUUUUUCGCAUCCCUGGUGACCGCGCUUCCACACGAUGAAUCAAUGGAUAUGGAUAUGGGAAUGGAUAUGCACGCAGUGACCGAGGCGCCACAACCUACAACCACUGCGAUGCCGGCUACUAGUGAAGGGCCCAUGAGCUAUUUUGCAUACGGCAAGCACUCCGGCGCCAUUAUAGCACACAUUGCUCUCAUGGUCCUGGGCUGGUGCUUCGUUCUUCCUGUUGCUGUCAUGCUGAGUGUUGCGCGCUCGUGGCUCGCCAUUCCAUCACAAUUGCUUUUCCUGACCUUCAACGUUUUCGGUGUUCUACUCGGAAUUGUCUAUAACAGCCAGACGCCAGACCUCUACGAGAACAACGCACACUACAAGAUCGGUUGGAUCGCGACCUUGGUUGUCAGCGCCCAGUUUGUCAUGUCUUUGCUCUUUGCCUACGCUGGCCGCGGCAAGUCCGACACGCCCUCUUAUGAACAUGCUUCGUUCUUCCCUGUCGCGACGGACGACCAUGAUACUGAGCAUGCUUGUCUCAAUGGCGCGAUCCGCGAGCAUCGUUGGUCUCGUGACAGUGGCCAGGGUACGGACAGCAACUCUUCUAUCCAUAGUCCUGGAUCGUCGUCGUGUGAGUCGCCUACCGAUUACGAUGGAUUCGAAAAGCCCGACGAAGUGCUAGCGAAGAUUACCUCUGAACGCAGCUGGAUUCAGAAAACGCGUGUUGGUCGAUUCUUGCUACAGACAAUCCCUGGUCUGAUUCCCAGCUGGCUUCUCCGCGUUUUGAAUAUCGUGUACAACAUCGUUGACCGUGUCAUUCUUCCAUUCGGAUUUGUGGCUAUCGCGACUGGGGCUGUGACGUAUGGUGGAAUCAUGAGGGGUCGUGAGAUUUUCAACGGCCUUGCGCACUUCAUCAAGGGGGGUAUCUUCUUCUGGUACGGUGUCCUGACCCUGGGACGCUAUAUCGGUUGCUGGGCCGAUCUGGGUUGGGCCUGGAAUAAGAAGCCCUCUGCGUCUAUUGUUGGUUGGAAAUCCAAGGUUCCCUCGGGUGAAGCCACGGAGUCCUUUGUCAUUUUCCUGUAUGGCGCGACAAAUGUCUUCCUCGAGCACCUCAAUGGUGCGGGCAAGGCAUGGUCUGCCACAGAUCUUGAGCACGUUUCGAUUUCCGUGCUUUUCUUCGGUGGCGGUCUGGCCGGUAUGCUUUUCGAAUCCGCUUGCAUCCGUGACUGGGUCAACAACACCAUCCUUCAACCCCCGGCUCAUGGUACCUCGGAUGAAGCCUGGAGGCCCCCGACAUCGCAGGGGGUUUCCUUGAACCCUAUGCCAGCCCUCGUCAUUAUGUUGCUAGGCAUGAUGAUGGGGUCGCACCAUCAAGAUAGUAUGACAUCAACUAUGGUACACAAGCAGUGGGGUAACAUGCUGGUUGGGUUUGCGUUGGCGCGCGGUAUGACAUACCUUUUAUUGUAUCUCAAGCCACCGACCUCGUACCUCCCGGCUCGUCCCCCGACAGAAAUCAUUGCUGCAUUCUGCCUUAUUUCAGGAGGUCUGAUUUUCAUGUUGAGCACCCGUAAUGUGAUUCAAGCGAUGGAGUAUUACGAAGUGGACGCAAUGUUCACUUUCACCGUCGGCUUGGGCUUCAGUGCUUUCAUCAUGGCGUAUGAGGUCUUGACAAUUGCUCUCAAGGCCUGGGCUAUGAAGCGUGCUCAGCGCGCACGACCGAACUUCCGCUUCCAAUGA